AUGGCCAAGUCACUCCACGAGUACUCCACCCCCGUUGUUGCCAACGUGCCCGUUGGGCUCGCUAUCAAUAUCGGGACUGGAAACUUUGAACUCCGCACUGGCCUGCUGACAAUGGUGCAGGCGAACAAAUUAUGUGCCUCGCUAAGUGAGGACGCAAACGCACACCUGCAGAACUUCCUUGAGCUAUGCAAAACCAUCACCAUUAAGGAUGUCGCACCUGACAGCGUCAAGCUCUGUUUGUUUCCUUUCUCCCUCUCAGGGAAAGCGAAGCAAUGGUUCUAUCAAAGUAAGGAAGCAGUCGACACAUGGAACAAAUGCGCCGCAGCGUUCCUCAUCAAGUUCUUCCCCAUGAGCAAAACUAAUGCUCUUAGGGGAAAGAUAUCAAACUUCCAGCAAUCUUCACUUGAGUCCAUUCGUGAGGCUUGGGAAAGGCUCCAGGAAUAUAUCCGGGCUUGCCCUCACCACGGAAUGGAAGGAUGGCUCGUGCUGCAAAACUUCUAUGAAGGCCUCACGGCCAUGUGCAAGGGGCACAUCGAUGCCAUAGCUGGAGGUGCAUUCCUCUCCCUUACCAUCACUCAAGCCACAGCCCUCAUCGAGAAGAUGGUGGCUAACCAGAGUUGGGGAGAGGGACGCAAGACACAAAAGGGAAUGCGUACCGUUGAGGAGACGGAUUUGCUUGCUGCAAAAAUAGACAUACUCAUGAAGAGGUUGGAAGGACGUGCCACCGCUCCAGCUACCGACACUGUCUAG